AUGUUCCUUUUUAGUUCCAAUGAAAAUGGGAAAAACGACGAUGACAGAAGUUCAGAUGAUAAAGAAAGAGAUACGGCAGUUGUUGAGCAAGUAGAAGAUAUACUAAGCGGACCGAUGAGUACGGUAACAGUUCCAGAAGUUUGGCCUAUUGUACCAGUUAUAACAGUUUCUCGAAAACCGCUUUUUCCGGGAUUUAUAACACGGGUCAUUAUUAGUAAAGAUCAAUCACUGAAAGAGCUGAUUAGGAGGAAAGUAAGGAUGCGCCAGCCUUAUGUCGGAGUUUUUAUGCGCAAAAAUCCGGAAAAUGAAUCUGAAACAGUCGACUCUUUGUCGGAACUUCAUUCAGUAGGAUCAUUUGCACAAAUCAAUGUUAUGGGCGAUAAUGGAGAUAAAAUCGAGCUUGUUUUGGUUGCUGAACGGCGUAUACGAAUUCUUGAACCAGUGACUGAUGAUGUUGAGACAUUUGAGAACAUAGGAAAGGUGAAUGGUCGUAGAGCACGUCAGGAACGUCGUAAAUUUGAAAAGGAAAAAGGAAGUCAAGCAACAAUUCCAUCUUCUUCAGCGAUAACUCUCGCUAAAACAGAAAAUGUUGUUUCGCAGCCUGUUGAAAGAACUACGGAAGUUAAAGCAACAAUGCAAGCUAUUGUGAGCACAAUUCGUGAUGUAAUGCAAUACAAUACUUUGUUUGCGCAGCAGCUUGGCUUAACAGCUAAUCCAUCAAAAAGUGUAGUUGACAAUCCGAUAUAUCUCUGUGAUUUAGUUGGCUCACUUGUCAGUGCUGAUGCAGCUGACUUGCAGAAUUUGAUGGAUGAGGAAAAAGUUGAAGAGCGUUUAAAAUUAGCUUUGCUUUUAAUUGAAAAGGAAAAAACUGUGGCGAAAUUAAAACAUGAUAUUAACAAAGAUGUGGAAAAAAAAGUUCAUGAUCAGCAUCGCAAAUUUCUUUUGAAUGAACAGCUGAGAGUUAUCAAAAAAGAGCUUGGACUGGAAAAAGAGGAUAAAGAAGCCGUUGCAGAAAAAAUGCAAGAGCGUAUAAAAAAUUUGAAAGUUCCAGAAUAUGUUUUAAAAGUAAUGAAAGAAGAGCAGAUGAAGUUGUCGUAUUUGGAUCCACAUUCUAGUGAAUUCUCAGUCACAAGAAAUUAUUUGGAUUGGUUAACGAAUAUGCCGUGGGGUAAAACAUCAGAGGACGUUCUCGACUUAGGUAGAGCAAUGUCGGUACUUGAUGAAGAUCACUAUGGAAUGAAAGAUGUCAAGGAUAGAAUUUUGGAAUUCAUUGCAAUCGGUAAACUCAAAAAGAAAGUAAGUGGUAAAAUUUUGUGCUUACACGGACCUCCUGGAACUGGUAAAACAAGUAUUGCACGUUCAAUUGCUCGAGCAUUGAAUAGAGAGUAUUUUCGAUUCUCGGUUGGCGGAAUGACAGAUGUCGCAGAAAUUAAAGGACAUCGUCGUACAUAUGUUGGAGCAAUGCCUGGAAAGAUGAUUCAGUGUUUAAAAAAGGUACAAACUGAGAAUCCGUUGGUCUUGAUAGAUGAAGUUGAUAAAAUAGGCAGUGCAAGUUAUCAUGGAGAUCCCUCAUCAGCACUGCUGGAAUUGCUAGAUCCAGAGCAAAAUGCAAAUUUUAAUGAUCAUUUUCUUGAUGUUCCUGUCGAUUUGUCCAAAGUUCUAUUCAUUUGCACUGCGAAUGUAACGGAUACUAUACCUGGUCCACUGAAAGAUCGAAUGGAGAUGAUUGAAGUUUCAGGUUAUGUAGCAGAAGAAAAAAUAAAUAUCGCUCAGAGCUAUCUGAUACCUCAGUGUCGCAAAGAUAGUUCAUUAGAAGAACAUCAGCUUCAGAUAUCUUCUGAAGCGUUACAAGUGCUUAUCAAACAUUACUGCAGAGAAUCGGGUGUUCGAAAUCUUCAGAAGCAUAUCGAAAAAAUAUUUCGUAAAGCAGCUUUCAAAAUUGUUGGGUUAAAAGAUGAGAAACUUGAUCAGAUAGUUGUUGAUAGCCAAAACAUUGAAGAUUUUGUUGGAAGACCCAAAUUUAUAAGCGAUCGCUUAUACGACAUAACGCCUGUUGGCGUUGUUAUGGGUCUCGCAUGGACAGCGAUGGGAGGAUCAGCACUGUAUAUUGAAGCAUGCUUGCGACGCAGUUUGGAGAUUUCUGGCACAAUUUUUUCACGAAGUCCAAGCAGUGACAGCGGAUUUUCAAAUGAUUCUUUCAGUCGAUCGAAAUCUGAUGAAAACGCUUCAGUCGGAAGUUUGGAAACAACUGGGCAUUUAGGAGACGUUAUGAAAGAAAGUAUGCGGAUUGCAUACACUGUUGCCAAGAAUAUCCUUAGAUCCAAAUUUCCCGAUAAUGAUUUUUUGGAUAGAGCUCACAUUCAUGUGCAUGUUCCUGAGGGUGCAACACCCAAGGAUGGUCCAUCUGCAGGAUGUACCAUUACUUCUGCCUUAUUAUCAUUGGCUUUGAAUCAGUGUGCUCGACAAAAUGUUGCAAUGACGGGUGAAAUUUCUCUCACUGGAAGAAUAUUACCCGUUGGUGGGAUCAAAGAAAAAAUCAUUGCGGCGAAAAGAGCUGGUGUUAGUUGCAUUAUAUUACCAGAAGAAAAUAGGAAAGAUUACUCAGAUUUGCCAGAUUUUAUCCGCAAUGACGUAGAAGUACAUUUUGUGUCACAUUAUGAUCAAGUCUAUGACAUAAUUUUUCCGGAUUUAAAUUAA